AGCAUUUCCUAUAUGUAAAAUUCAUUGGUCGCCAUUUCGCUUCAUUAUUGAAUAGGUUUUUUCUCAAUCAUUAUAACAUUGACUGAUUUUAUUUGGAAACGUAACAACAUAACUUCGUGCUGGGAAAAAAAGAAUUUAAAUGGAUCCUUUAUUGGAUGCGUCCUUAGUGGCGCAGUCCAUAAAUUAUCAUGGACAGCAGUUACAAAAAACGUGGGAGUCUGAGAGAGGAGAAGAUGAUUUAGCUAAAAUCGGCGUGGGUGCUUUAGACUUUGCUGUAUACCAGUCGAGACAUAAGCACCUUACCUUCCAAGAUCGUAGCAAGAGGUUGAAAUUACAUCAGUUCAUAGCUAAAGAAGCUGGAGCUUUAUUUGAUUCUUCCUUACUGGAGGAUACUCCUUCGUCGUCAACUAAUGGGACUGAGACUCUAGUGCCCGAAGACAAUUUGUAUGCAUUGAUGCCUCCAUUUGAAACAUUUCUGAAUGUGGAUAAAACAGCAAGAUUAAGACACUUUUUUGAUAAUGUGAAGACUGGUGAGCUGAUCAUUGGAGCUGUUAUCAACAGAACUGCGUCAGGGAUGAUGCUUAAGGUUCUUUGCACAGCAGGACCCACUUCCAGAUAUGUAGCCGACAUUAAUGUCAAGGCUUUUUUACCAGUAGGAAAUAUUAUUCAAGCUGUUGACAAGAAAAAUGUGUCAAGAAACUACCUGAUGAAUGACACUGUUUGCUGCGAAGUCAUAGAAGUUAUUCCAGAUACAGACAAAAUGGUUUGCGGCAUGAAGGGUGUGACGCGAGGGCCCGAUGAUCCCCCGCCUAAGCCUCCGCUCGGCCUCCUGAGUACUGACGACUUCCCCUUGAUCUACAAGAAAACCAUGGAUAUGAAAGGAGAAAACUAUGAAGCCAUAUUGGAGAAGAGCCCAGGCUUCAAUAAUCCCAACUGCAUUCAAUUCCUCUCUGAACAUCUUGGCAUUGCCAACAUGCACUGCACAAAUUUCUCAUAUUUGAGAGGAAGAUUCGCUUCAUCGGAAUACGCAGAUGAAUUACGCCAAGCACAAGCAAGUAAAUGGGCAUUUCGUUCUGUGGCAGAAGGCAUUGAACAUUUUAAAGCUGGAAGACAUUCUGAAGCAUUUCAAUGCUUGAAUAAAGCUCUGAGCAUAGAUCCUAGAAAUGUAGAGGGUCUUGUUGCUAGAGGAGCAUUGUACGCCAAUAGUGGAACAUUCAAAAAGGCCAUAGAAGAUUUUGAGACCUCACUAAAGCUGAAUCCAAAUCAUGCAAAUGCAAGAAAAUAUUUGGGAGAAACAUUAGUCGCACUAGGACGCAGUUAUGAAGACGAGAACCAAAUAACAGAAGCACAGAAAGCUUAUGAAGAUUGCUUAGCUAUCAUUCCUUUCCAUGAGGAAGCUCAAAACUCGUUAGAUUUCUUGAAAAGCAAGACCACUGCCUCAAAGCCCUUGAUAGAGCCUGCAGAGUUAUUACUGCCUGGCUUGACAGGGGCUAAGUCAUAUGAAAUGAAGGAAACCCUGAAGCAGCUAUUAAAUUUGACAGAAAAAAAAGAAAAGAAAAAGAAGAAAAAGCGCGGUAAAGGCAAAAAGAAGCGUUCAAGCAGCUCAUCAUCGUCAUCGAGUGACUCGUCCAGUUCUAGUUCCUCAUCGGAUUCAUCAUCUUCAUCAUCAGAUUCGAGUGAUUCAGAAAGUCCUCGGAAGAAGAAGCGUCGUUCUCAAUCCAACAACAAAAGGCAGCGCUCUCUGUCACCGCUGAGCAAGCGCAUGGCGAUGCUCGGUGAUGGUGAUUCUACAUCUCGGACUCACAAUUCGCAAUUCAACCAUCCGUACGGAUAUCAACCUCCAGUGCAAACCGCGGACGACAUCGCCGCCCAGCCACCGCCGCGGUCUCAGGCUGAUAUUGACUAUGAGUUGAAGGUGCGCAAGUUCCUCGAGAUGACCAAAGAAGAUUCAGACUAUGAAGAAAAAGUUCGUAACUUCCUCGCUGAAACAACGCAAUACAAACGUAACCGCAAGAUGCAAGAACUUGGCCAACAACAACAGCCUCCAAUGCCUGAACAAGAAAAGAAAAAGAAGAAGAAAAAAGACAAGAAAAAGAAGAAAGAAUCCAAAAGGAAACGCAAAGAACAAGAAAAAGAAGAUAAGAGAAAGGCUAAAUUGGCACGAAACACAAACAAUUCUGAAUACACGAUGCAGGAAAUUGAAAAUAUUGGUGACAAGAAACUUAGAGAUGCUUUGAGGAAAGAAUUGAAAAGCAAGUCCAAGAGAGACCAUAGUUCUGAUGGAGAGUAUGAUAGAAAGCAUAAGGACAGUAGAAUUAUGGAAGAAAUGCAAGGAUUAGAAGAGCUAGAAUCAAAAUUAAGCGCGUAUCAUGUGAUGGUUGAAAAGGAGGUACUAGGGAAACGAGAUGCAAGAUCACCCAGUCUCGACCAAGUGCCGCCACCACCUCUCGACAAGCCUAAGUGGAAAAUGUCUAUGAAUGCUGUAAAGGAAAUUAGGCCAAAGAAAAAAGAAAACUCUGCACCGAAGGGAGGAUAUAAAGAAAAAUAUGCAUUUGAAGACAGCUCUGAUGAUUCCCACGAAAACUCGAAGAUGCAGGAAUCGAGCGGCGACAAGAAUGUAUCAGUACGUCGCGCCAUGGCCAUGAAAGAACCUCCGCCACUGCCCGCUGCCCCACCGCCCGCCGAUACCACACACCACCCCACGGUACGUAAAGGAAAAAUAGUAUUGGACAAGUUUGGGUCAUUCCGUCUGGCUCGUGAGGGCGAGACUCCGGUGUCUGUAGGCGACGGUCGUCCAGAACAAUUCGUGACGCGCAUCAAGCCGCCAUCGCCGUCCGCUCGUCGCCCGCGCUCUCCGCCCUCACCGCGACGACGCUCUUCGCACUCAUCCGACGACGAUCGGAGAUCUCCCAAACGUUCCAGAAGCAGGUCUCGCCCUCGCAAGUAUCGCACGAGAUCUCGUUCGCGGUCACGCUCAGGUUCCAGCGCAAGUGGCUCAGUGCCGUCUAGGCGUCGCCGGUCCGCUUCUCCACGAUCUCGGUCCAGAUCUGAUGCCUCGAGAUCAUUCUACAGUCGUUCGAGAUCAAGAUCUGGGUCCAGGGAGAGGUACAACCGUCGAAUUGGUCGUCGGGGUAAUUGGCGUGGCAGGGGAGGCUUUGAAAGAGGCACGUACUACCGGCCGCGAUUCAACGCUUAUAACGGCGGUCCUCGUGGUCGCGGACGUGGCGACUUCCGUCGCGACGACGGCCGUAGAUUCCCGGACCAGUGGCGAGACAAUAGGAACCGCGGCGGAAGACCCUUCAGGCCGCGUAGAGGAGGUGGUGGUAGGGGACGCCCCUUUAGGGGUGGUGGUGGUUUCCGCGAUUUCCGCGAUCGUAGAGGACGAUAUUCGCGAUCGCGCAGUCCUGACAGGACGCGCCGUUCCCGAUCCUACAGUCCGGAGAGACGCGAUAAAGAUAGAGAUAGUUAUUCUCGCUUCUCUGCCGAACGUGACAGCCAUCGCAGUGAGGGUGAAUAUGAAGAAGAAAGAUACGUCGAUAGGAAAGAAUACGACGGAAAAUGGGCGGAUGGAAACGAACCAGAAAGAAACACCCAACAAGAAGAAAAGGCCCCAGAAGAAUCUAAAGAGUAAUCCUAGUAUUCUUUGCACCAAAUGUUAGUUGUAGGUUAUUCGGAUUGUAGAACUGGAUUGGGUGCUGAAUGUAGAUUUAGCCAUUUUUUGAUUGUAAGCCAAUUUCUUAAUAUUAACAAAAAAAAGUGUUAAACUUUGUGAAAGACACUGUGUGUACUCUGAUUCGAAACCUUUAUUUGUAAUCGUUUACUUGUAAAUAUAGAUGACAUUUGAAUUAUAACGUAAACAGAAACUGAAGUAUAAGAAAUAACACUAUCAUUCCAAAACGAAAAAAGCGUUUAGGAACUUAGGUACUGUAGUAAAAUGUUCUGUUGAAUACAUGGUUGCACCUUUUAAAUAAAUGUAAUAUGUGUA